CGAUGUUGUAGAAAUUACAUGAAAUAAAUGCAAUUUUAAUGAUGAAAUUUAAGUACUGAUAUACAUUGAACUCUUAGAUAAAUAUGAUCGUUUUGUAAUUGGUAGACAUUUUAAUAGCAGUACAGUUAAGAUGAUUAAAGAAUUUUCGAGAAAAAAUUUUUGGCUUUAGAUCUUGAUCAGGCAACAGUUUCUUUGUAAUGAGAGGUUACCAGCACUUAUGGUUAUUUGUGGUUUCCUAAUCGGUAAGGGAAAUAUCAUAUAAUUCCAAUUCGCCCUUAAUGAAUACUCAGAAACUGUAUAAAUCCUGAUAUAGUUAUAAUCAAGUGGCAGUAAAAUAAGCUUACUCCUAUCGGAAAUUCAAGGGAUUCUUAGUUCUAAUCUACUAAAGUUAGAAAAUUUGUGGAUUAUGCUUAUAUUUCAGACUGUUUUCAUGUAAGCUAAAGUACUGAUAAUUUUUUGCAAUUUUAUGAUUCUUUUUAGUAAUGCAUAUUAGCUGAAAAACAAGUCAUCUCAUUGUAAAAUCUAGAAAGUUGUCUUGUAGAAGUCUUGUUUCAUGUGUAUUUUUACCUUUGAUAAGACCCUAGAAAUGGUUUAUUUGUUUCCCAGGCAACUUUUGAUUGAUUAAUUUUCUACUUGUUUGGAAUUACUUAUUGGUUUGUUGGUUUAACUGUAGUUUUCAAAAUGAUAUGAACUGCAGUGUACAUUACUCUAAUCUCAUAUUUUCCCUCCUUAUUUAUCACUAUUUGAUAAACAGUAGAUCAUUGAUGUCGGAGCACUUAAGUAUUAUGAAAAUAUUACAGACUAAUAUGCCACUGGAGUCAGAUCGUUUUAUUCAAUCUGUAAACGAAAUAGAAAUGUAAAUAUUUACUUGAGAAUUUCAACUUAACAAAAUAUUAUAUCCUGUCGAUGAUAAUAUUCGUUUUUAUAUAUUAGUUUAUUGAAAAGAACUGUGGAAUACUUCCAAUUCAUGAUGAUGAUGUUGAUGAUGAUGAUGAUGAUGAUGAGAGAAAUAGUUCAAAUAUGAAACUGUCAAGUUUGAAAAAAAAGAUCAGUAUAAAUUGGAAUUCACUAAUGAUUAAUUGGUUGCUUUGAAUGAUUAAACUUUAUUGUUACUGUAACAUCAGUGAUCAACUAAAAUGUUAUUCGUUUUCGACAAGUUCCUAAAUGUUAUUUUUAUGUAUUUUGAAGGUAGCAACAUUGUCUAGUUCUUGACAACUUCAAAAUAGAAUAAAUUAUUUGAUGUUGCUUAGAUUUUAGUGUAAGAAAUAGUAUUCAGUCUAAUAAAGUAAUGAAAAUAUUAACCAAUCCAAGUUAUUUAUUUAUUUAUAAAUGUUUUGUAUAGAUUCUCAGACGAACUUCUUGAAACAGUGUUUUCAUUUAGAAAUAACAAUGGUUAUAGACUGAAUAAGAAAUAAAAUAAGAUCUAACGUUUCCAUAUAUGAUGAUAAGAUUUCAUUCGUUCUAUUUCCCUAAUGAAAUCCACAGUGCUAAUCUAGGAAUUCAUCCACAAAUUAAAAGACACUUUACAUAAAAUGAAUAUAUAUGUCACAUUGACUAUUUGUAUAAAUUUUGCCAAUUCAAUACAUCAUGAUAUCGUACUUUUGUUGAAUAACCUUACGUCUAUUCAACUGCUUCAAUUUAUCCAUAAAAAUAAUGUAUAUCUCAACCUUUUGAGUGUCAUUUGUGUAUUUGCCAGUGAUAUGUUUGUAUUGAAAAUGAUUUUAAGUGAUUUUACAUCUAGCCGAACAGUCACAUAUUUAUAUUAGUUCAUAAACUAAUGGGAACUAGUAAUAAUUGAAAAGAUAAUACCUUCACACAUAUAACUACUCACAAAUGUCCAUAUUUUCUAACUAUUUAUGUUUUAUGACGUGUAUCAGAUAAGUGAUUUCUUCUAUUGAAUUUACAGAACUUUUCGACAGUUGCAAUUUCUGAGGCCAAUUAAAUUUGGAGUGUAAGUGGUUGACCAUUGAUGAUACUAAGCGAUAAUUAUAAUUUAGAGACAACUGAUUAAAAUCAGAAUACAUUACGUACUGGAUUUUCAUUCAAAAACCAAAUAGCAUUGAUAUCUUCAUAAGACCAAUUGAUCCUAGGUUUGGUUUCUUGUGGGUCACAAGAUUCCCCAAGGCUCAUGGCUAAUAUCAGUUAUUCCUAAAGGAAUAUGUUGUUAAGAUAAUCCAUUUUAAUGAAAACAAUUUCUAAAUGUUUGUAUUUUAACAAUUUAAGAUGAUACAUAACAUCACAUCAAGUUGAAAUUAACUCGGUCAUUAAUGGAUUUUGAAACCAAACCAAAUAUGAAUGAGAACCAGCAGCCUCAAUCGGUACAAUCAUCAUCGUCACCGAAUGUAGAUAAUUCAUCCUUAGACCAUCCAAACUCUCACCCAACUGUAAAUCACGUUAUUCAUGAAGAAAAUGGGAAUGAUGAUGAAGGGAGAUAUACUCAUGAUGAAAUUCAUCUAAAUAAUCAUCACAAUCAUGGUAAUCCGUUGACCGCUGGUAGUAAAGUUUGUGGAGCUGCAUUUAAUACCAUGCCAAUUUAUGAUCCACAAGGCAGCUUGGUUGGUCUACAAGCAUCAACAGAUAGAAAUUUGUUGGAAGAUUUCGAUAACGAAGGAAGAAAUGAACCUCUUGGGUAUAGUACAUAUUUAGAAUCUGGUUUUCACCAUCAUCAUCUUCAUAAUCAGUAUAAUUUGGCUCUUCAACAAAAUGCAAAUAUGGCUCCAGGUGAAUAUAAUUUACCAUAUGGAGCAUAUGCUUUUAAAUCUCAAAAUCGUCAUUUGUUUACACCGCUACCAUGUCAACAGCAACAACAACAACAAUAUCACCAACCAAAUUAUUCUUUUCUCCAUAACUAUCAACAAGCACAAUACCAGCAACCACAGAAUCAUCAACAAACCCAUUACGUUCACCAGUAUCAACCUCAAGCAGCUAAGACACUUCUAGUUAGGUCUGCUUCAGGCAUCAUUGGCAUAGAUCAAAAUAACCAUAAUAAUCCUGAUGCGUUUAGACCAUUAUCUAAUGAAACAUUCGACAAAUGUCCUAUAGUUUGUAGUCUAUUUGCCAUAUUGUGUUGUCCAAUUACCUUAUGGUGUUCAUUACCAGCGUUAGUUUAUUCGCUAUGUGCCUAUAGUGAUUAUCGUGCCUCAGAUAUUAUUCAGUAUAGACGUAAGAGUGACAUCUCAAGGCAUUUAGUGAUUACAGCAUGUAUAGUUGGUUUAUUAUUAUGUAUAACAUGGGCAAUUUUAACAUUCUUUUACUAUGAAUUAAUGUUAUCAGUAUUUAAUGAUAUUAUACGUGUAAUUUCUCAGAGAAUACGAUCCGGUAUAUAAAAGUAUGUCAAUUUAAGAAAUCAUAAAAUAAUGCAAAUAUUUCUCAUGCUCUUUUGUUUUUCGUUUAAUUUAAUUCAUAUUUACUAAACUUUUUCAGUUUCCAAGUCGCAUGAAAGUAAGCUAUUGUAUUUCAUGAAAAUGUUAGUUUCCGAAUAUAAUGAUUUUAAAUAAAAAUUCAAGAAAAUGAAUGGUCAUAUUUACUAAAGGCAUUUCAUAUGUUUUUAUGUAUUGAUAUAGUGAAUUACGUAUUUAGUCUGCAAUUUAGCGCGUAACAGUUUUUCGGAAAGACGUUACAAUCGAAAUGAGCUGGAGCGUCACCUAAAACAGAGCAUUCUUCUAAUUUGUCUUCCGACUGUUGAAUAGCUCACUAACUUGUCUUCAAGCCGAAGUUCACAGUCACUGAACAAGUUUACUCGACUUUCCAUCGCCUAUGAAAUGAAGCUAUAGUUUGUGAAGCAUCCAUGAUGCUCUGAAACGCUAUUUAUGUCUAAUACAAUAGAAGUGAAGUUACUGUCCCAAGCUGCCAACUUUGGGGAAAAUUGGUCCAUUUUGGGGAAAUCCCUAAGUGAGCUUAUGUUAUUGGGAAUACAACUGACUACUGAAUUUUAGUAAGUAGUAUAAAACAAUAUACAAAAGAACAAAGAAUUUACGGUUACGUCUGAUAAAGCCUGCGAAGCCAGGUGAAAGGGAAACGGACAAGAUAAAAGUGAUAUCACUUUGGGGAAGCUUUCCCAAGCCUUUGGGUUUUCCUGAAAACUGUUUUAACGCAAAAGCUUUACGAAAACCUAUCGACAUCACGGAAGACCUAGGGAGAAUGCUUACGUACAUUUAUUACUGGGAUGUUUUACUACUUUUCGUUAAUCGCGCAUUGCCAAAUAAACUUAAUGUUAACCGAUUUGUCGCUAUUUUUAAAAGACUGAUUUAUGACGUAUAUAAAUGUUUAUUACAGUUAAUAAAUUUACAAAUAAUCCAUGUGUACAAAGUUUUUCAUUCCGUUGUAGAACUGUCAUUGACAAUAUUCUGAAAAAUAAAAAAAUCAUUUUUAGUGUAUAAUAACGUGUUAAGAUAUGUGAAAGGUCGAUGUACCAGCAGUAUGACAAUGUUCUUAAUAAUGCGAACAAAGAACUUACAGUUACGUCUGAUAAAGCCUACGAAGCCAGCUGAAAAGGAAACGGACAAGACAAAAGUUGUAUCACUUUAAGUAUUGAUCACAAAGUAAUAAACCCUAACAGUAAUUAAAGUACAGUGAUAAUAUUGAUAAAUACAAUGAUAAUUAUCAUCCUGCCAGGUUUGUGGAAAUCCCCAAAGUGAACUACAGUUAUUGCGAAUACAGCUGACCACUGAAUUUUAAUAAAUAGUCUAAAACAAUACAGGAAAGAGUAGAAAGGGAACGAGUAGGAACAAUGGAGGACAAACUGAACAUAUGUAUUAUAACAAAAAUUUUAAGUGGUUUUAGCUCCCCAAAGCUGGCAGCUUGGGGCACGUCAUGAGUAAUCAAGACUGAAAUAAACUAAAUUACUGUUGAGUAUCACUGUUCUUAGUUUUAGACUAGUGAGGAGUAGUGAGCAUUAAGUGGCCCUAUAUGUGACUCCUGGUAGAUUGUUUCUGCUUGUUAUCGAAGUAUACAUAUUGCCAAUCCUCGUAUAUAAUCAUCCACUUAAAUCGAGUUGGUGAACAACGGAAUUAAAUUAGUCAAAUCGAAAAUGUAUUACGAAUACGUAUAUUUCGUACAAUCAUUGAUCCAAACAAACGAUCGAACAAAUUAAACAGAUCGAAGAAGUCAUGCAAGUCAACUAGAUUUAGCCAAACCUGAAUCGAUAUAUGUAUUCAGACAAAAAUAAGGUACAGACAUGUAAUGAGUAGGAUAAGAAAUGCACACACAUACUCUUACAUAAAAGCAUUUACGGUUGACGAGUGAAUAAGUGACAAGAUAUAAAUGUAGCUUGAGUAGAAUGAAUAGAUUGAUCUGUCCAGAUGUUAGAAUGACUUAUGUAGGUUUGAAAUGGCACCAGCCACUACAAGUAAUCUUUACAAAAGGUCUUGAAAGUAGAAUGAAACAUCGUCAAAUACCACUCAACUUACUAUUAUAUUUUCACUAAUAUUCAUUUGAGAUAAAAUUAACUUUGAAUUCAAGUCUAUCACGUUGAAUAGAAAACAAAUCUUCUCGAAAACUACUUAACAGUCUUGAAUCGAAAUAAUGUGAGGGUCCAGGAAAGAUGUCACAGUUAUUCGGAACGCAGGCCAUUGAAGUAUGAUGAAUAUCAUUUUUGUCAUCUAGUUUAACAUUCAAAAUCCAAAUAGGUACACAUCUACUUGAUGACUAUAAGCAGUUAGAAAUUUCUAUAAAUCAAGGCAGGAUAAACUUUCGAAGGAACAUCUUACUCAUCUACCUCUGGAUUGAAAUUUAUAAAAUGUUAAGAGACCCGUAUACACCAGAGAGUAAAUAAUGGAUGGAAAGUUUUAUCAAAGGUUGUCAUUAGGUCAGCAACCAGGGUGAAACAUAUGCAAAUACAUAUACCACUUUAUUUUGAGCCUGUUAAUCGAUGGCGAGAAAGCCACAGUGGCAGGGGUGCGGAUCAGCUAAGAGGAAUUUAGUGGUUACUUCUUAGGCAUACGGCUCAGAUAACAACAUAUCGCAUACACACUCUGGUAGUCACACAUUUUUAUGAAGCUUGGUCAACCACUGAGCGCAUAGUGGUUUCCUUGUGGUUGAUAAUUAACACACUGAAUGAUCAUAGCACAAUUGACCUGUACGAUUCCAGCGCGACAAAAUUUCAUCGCACGCAUGCUUUAUCAAAAACUGCACAACCGACCUUUUUUGUCAUUAUCAGUAAUGACAAUAUUACGUAUAAUGCUCACCAUAUACUUAACUUACCAUAAUUAUAACCUCUCUAGUAAGGAACAACUGGUUCACAAAAACUCAUCGUAAUACACAGAGUAAAAACAGUAAAUUAAUGAAAACAUUAUCAAUAAACGAUUAAUUUGAGAAAAAGAGCCAACAAAAGGAAUCAUAUCUCCAGUGGUCGUAAGUUACAUGUAAGGUAUGUCAGUUAACUGGCUAAAUCAAUUGCUAUUCCGGCAGUAAAAAUGGAGGAAGGGUCUAUUUUGAAAUUGAAAUGUUACGUUUACCAGAAAUUAGCUAUUAUCUUAACCGUUUCUGCUACGUAGUUGAAUGAUCAACACCAUUCGAUCCGAAACAAGAUUACGGCAGGUGUACGACACUGACAUUAUGGAGUUAAUGGUAGUUCAUUGUGGUCAACUACUGGCACAAUUUCGGGGUAAGUAAGCAGUAGAUGAAGAAAUACUCAUUACUAUGCUAUAGGGUCAGCCAAGUCAUCCGACCGGUUGGUCACUGAAUGUCGAACAGUUCACUGGUCCUCGUCAAAAUAAAAAAUAAUCAACGUGUGGACUGGUCCAUGCCGGAGAGGUCACACUCCGUUCAUUGUGCUUACUCUUAAUGAUGUAUUAUGUAAUAACGUCGUUUGUGUCGUACGGUCAUCAAAGCAACCAUAGUACCUAAAUACUAAGAAAGGGUGGUCCAUUUUAGAUUUAAACUGUGAGGUGUGAUUUCGACGUUAGCUGGUUGGUCACACCACCCACUUCUAGCUCGAUUAGGCAUCCAAUCGUUCGACAUAGAUCAUCUACACUGAUGAUCUUCGAUACAAUGUCAGUCCUUAAGAUGAAAUGGAUUUAUGAGGCCAUUUAUUCAAGAGUCCUGACAAAUAAGCCGAAUAUUAUGAUCAUCAAGCGGCCUGCUUGAGUAUCCUGACUAUCUGUUUCUACAAUCUAAAUGUUUUAACAAAUUAUGUCUUGUAUUUUGUUUUAACCUAUCAUUAUGUCUAUGAUCGCAUAACUUAUUCAAGUGCGUUUACGACCCAUUGCUUUGCAAGAUACAAAAAAGUACAACCGGAGACAUCGUAUGACUGGCAGUACACAUUGAAAAGAAUGAACACUAAUCAGAUUCCGACUGCUGCCGAUCACCAGUUUGUAAGGUGGACUAUCUUCAACAGUUACCGAGUCUAAGCAAAUAUAGCAACUGUAAUUUAGCCACAAUUCAAGAAUCCUGGUUAACUGAUUUGCAGGACGAUUGCUUAGUAUCACUACGCGAUUUUAAUAUCUAUAGUCAGGAUCGACCAAGCAAGAGAAGGAGGUGUGACGGCAGUACAGCCACGUUUGUAAACGUGAACUGGUGUUGAUCUACUUUUGAGUGUUUCAAGUUUUCAAAUGACUUUAUCGAUUGGUUGACUUUAAGAUGCCGUACAAAACAAUUGAAUAAAUACGAAUAUGAUUAUGUUACCAACAUCUACAUGACUUCAAGCUGCAUGUCAUCUGCACUAUAUGUUUUCUCUGAUAAAUUCAUUGAAUUUUGUGUUACUGCCUUUAAUGGUCACUUUCAGUUGGAUGUGGUGACUUUAAUUAAAAUGACUGUAAUUUUCUUUGACCACUGGGUCAUCAAAAUGUAAUAGAUUCUUCCACUAGUUUGAAUAUCCAUUUAGACUUUGUUUUUAUAAAUUAUGCGGAAAUAUAUGUGACCCGUGGAUUAUGAAGACGUCAAAAUAUGGGGUGAAACAUGGGAUAUAUAUUGGACAUCUAGGAUGCGGCUGGACGAUCUAAACUUCGUAGAUGAUCCGGCUCUUCUAUCGCACACACAAAAACAAAUGCAGGAAGAGUACUAGUGUGGCAGCAGCCUCAGCAGCAGUAGGUCUUAAUAUACACAAAGGGAAAAGCAAGAUUUUCCGAUACAACACAACGUGUACCAACUAAGUCACACUUGGCGGAGAAGUCUGGGAGGAUUUAAUGACCUUUAUAUAUCUGGAGUUCAACAUUGAUGAACACGCUGGAUAUGAUGCAGGUGUGGAGGCACGGAUCGGCUAAUCAAGAGCAGCAUAUUUACAACUGAAGAACAUCUACAACUCAAAACAAAUGUCCACCAACACCAAGGCCAGAAUUUUCAACACAAAUGUCAAGGUAGUUCUACUGUAUGGGGCGGAAACCCGGAGAACUACGAAAGUUAUCAUCCAGAAGAUACAAGUGUGUAUUAACAGUUGUCUACGCAAAAUACCUCAGAUCCGUUGGCCAGACACUAUCAGCAACAACGUACUGUGAGAGAGAACAAACCAGAUUCUAGUGGAGGAAGAACUCAGGAGGAAGAGCUGGAAGUGGAUAGGCCACACAUUGAGGAAAGCACUCAACUGCGUUACAAGGAGAAGUUGAGCAGGGCGUUCCCUCUCGUGACCUGGUGCGGAUGCUUGACCGAGCGCCUUUAGCUAGGUGAGUCCAAUAAAACUAAUGUGGUCAGCAUCAUAUGUCGAAGACAUACAAAGCUAUUGAUUUCGUGGAUUUAUUUAUCACUACAGAUUUCAAAACUUAACGUUCACUCAGAGGCUCCUUUCUUAAACACACUGUAAUGUGAAAACUAUAUAAUGAACUUACCGGUAGUAAAUACGUCAGAAACAAUGGCGUGACGCAAAUAAUUCUUCUGCACAUCAGUCAUAUAAUGUCAUACCUCCCAUAUCCAUAGUUUUGUAGAAUAAAUGUGUCCCAAUUUUCACAGAAACUAAUGUCCGAACACGUCUUUAGUCAUUUAACUCAUUCCAAUGCUUAAGACGUGAUGAGAUCUCAAACGUCAUUUUUAAGAUGUGUGCUAAAACAUUAUUCAGUACCAGUUUGCUCGUAAAUGCAAAAGAAGCACCUUAAAUGCUGCUGUUUUCCUUGAUCAUAAUAUAGUGUUUAGCUUGAAAAAGGGUAGGAAGUAUAUUUGGGGCGCAUCUCUGACUAUACUUUUGCCUUUGACUUGAUUUCAGGAAAAGUACUUGAAAUGUUAAUCAGCAUCAACACUGACUUCUGGGUAACCACUUGGCUGUACACUUACCCCUAUGGAAGAGAAUGCAAAUGCAUCUCCACAAUUUAUGCGUAGACAACUUUGUGCAAUCACCUCAGAGUUGUUCCAAAAUCCGUUUAAAACGUACGAAUGGCCACAUAUUGAGGUCAGCAAUGAUGCCACACCAUUUCUCCUCGAAAGGGACAUAAGUCUCGUGAACCAAGUACCGAGAGGGUAACCAAGUGGGUGAUAAGGCUAAAACAUUAACCUCACAAGGACAGAAUCUAACCUUUGGGAUUAUUCUCGUUGAACCACAGGAGAAUAAGGUAUUAGUUGGUAAUGGUAUACAACAUAUUUUAGUGGCCCGUGGAUCUGACUCCUAUUUAGAUCGUAUGGAUGUUUGCUAUCGCCUAUUCUCGUAUAUCAUCGUCGACUUUAAUCACGUUAGUCAAUAACGGAAUUAAAUAAGUCAAAUAACGAGAAUGGGAUUUUGAAUACGCAUACUUUGUAUAUAAGGUGAAUGGAAUAGCAGGAAGAGAAGCGAUGCAGGGUGGAGAUGGCUGGUAAGCCAACUCAUUUUUAGUCAGGUGUUAACCAAUAUUUAUAGGCGGACAAAAAUAAGCUACAGACAUGUGAUGAAUGGGAUGGGAAAUGUACACACAUAUGCGCUCAUAUAAAAACAAUGAAGACUGGUAAGCGAAUAACUAACAAGGUCAACAUAUGACUCAAGUAGAAUGAGUAGAUUGGCCUGUCCGAAAGCCAGAAUAAGAUAUAUGGGCUUAAAAUAAUAACGGACACUACAAUGUUAAGUGCACCUAAUCACCUCAAAGCGAGCAUAUGACUAAAACAUCAACACCAAACUCCUCGAGAUAACCCAAAUGAGAAGGAGAACAGCCAGGUACGCUCUUACUUUUCUUAUUACGAGUUGAUCUUAAUUGUGACGCUCUCCAAGACCAAAUUAUCAUUACUCACCCAUGGAUUACUAUCUCCCUCUUGGACCAUUUGUAUUUGAUGAAUGUCUUAUAUAUCACCACAGUUAUAAGUACUCCACAACCAGUAUCUACUUUUCAUCUCUCAUAUUAUCAUCUAAGUAACCCCCAAACUCCUUCUACUCCAUCUCCUUAUAUAUUGUCAAUCAAUUAAGUAUUUCCCAAGCAACACAAAAAGGGGAAAUAAAGGGGAAAAAAGGGGGAAAUAAAGCGGACGAAAGGGGAAAUAAAGGGGAAAUGUCGCUUUUUCGCCUUUACGUCGGUUAUUUAGGGGAAAUGUCGCUUUUUCCCCCCUUACGUCGUGUAUUUGGGGGAAAUUUGUCGACAGUUCUACGUAACGUACAGUGUUUAAAUGAACCGCAUCUGGAACUGAAGUUUUCAUAAACUUCGACAAAUUUAUUCACCGCAAAUUAAAAAAACAAAAGUAUUUUCAUAAAAACAAUGUACAAAAUACGGAACCAGGCUUUCGGUUGAUACGCAUAUAGAGUGACUUCGUUUGUUGUUUAGUUAAAGUGUUCCGACAUGCUUUGGAGCCAUCACAAAAAACUUACGUGAUGCAGGUUAGUGACGUGCUCUCAGGACUUUAGGUUCAUUGUGACUGAUUACCUUCUUAGGCCAAUAAUAUGACUUUUUCUGAUAUCAGUGAGAAUGUUCGUAGACGUAGGGCAACUGUGAACUUGUCACGUUCCCUUGGUUGUCACAGAACCACUUAUAAUCGGAGGUGGAAUAAAAUGAGAGCUGCUUUAAUGAAAAAAUAUCUUUUUCCUUCGGUCAGUGAGUUUGCUAAUGAAAGCACCGUAAAAGAAGUAAAGAGAGAAGUCAGUUGUAAUGAAAGUACUUCGAUUAGUACACCGUCCACUAGCAACAUCAAUCAAAGGCUUUCAGCUAAUAGUGGAUGUAGUGAAGUGAACUUGUGCUCUACAAAGUUCGUGAAUCGCAAAGAACAGAUGAACGACUUUAUGAUGUAUCUAAUGUCAAAUACAUCUCUGAGCAUAAAAGAUGCUGAUCGGGUUCUGUAUGGUCUAAGAUUUCUUAUCCCGGACAUACCGAAAAGCAUCAGAGGCGUUUUGAAGACAUGUCCAAGUGUUCAACCCAAGUUCAUCGGCAGUGGGGUUUACUACCAUCUAGGAUUGAAAACCAAUCUGCUAAUUCACUAUAGAUUCUCUGCAGUCAGCAAAAGACCUGUUAGUUGCCCUACAGGUACUGGAAUGUCAACGGAAAAACACCUCUACGGAUGAAAACACUUUGCCACUGAACACUGAGAAGCCAAAGAGAGGUUUAAUGAAGCGUAAAGAAGAUUUUCUUUACAAUUCAGUUGACAUGGAUGUGGCUGAAAUGCAGGCUGGGAAUAGCCGCGUACAAUAUCCAAAAUUCCGUGUUUUCGACAAAGUGAUAUCGCCAAUCGCCAAGUACGUUUAAUUACUAUUUAGAUAUUCACUAUUUAGUUCAACACAAUUAGAGAUAUCACCAUCCACAUCGCAAUGUAAGCCUGUUGGUGGCACUGUAUGUUAAUGUUAACGUUACUUGGCACCUCUUCAAAACGAGCACUACAGAAAUGCACGUUUUACAGCUGCAUACGAAGUAACCUAUAUCUAUUACUUAAACUUCAGGUGCCUUAACUCAUCGCUUUUUGUCAUCCUCUGUAAACGAGAAAGACCUUGGUAAGCUGUACGACAUAGCGACACAAGGUUACUUUCACGACAUCCGAGACAAGAUGAUUAAACGAAAUAGAAGAAAAGAAAAUCCGGUAUGUACUAAUUUAAAGUGAUAACUUCCCUACGGCUUUAUAGUUACAGUCAACAAUACUAACGAACAUAACCGUAAGUUCAGCUUCAAGUAUUUAGCUGUGCAAAAGCAUGUCAUUGAGAUAUGGUUGUGACUUUUUUUGUUCGUUUUUUUAUUUCAGAAUUCACAGGAGGACUACCUCAAUUCUGAAUAGUCCGUGCAAUUUUUUUGUUGUUCUACCUCGAUUUCAAUAAACAUUAUUCUUUCAAACAGCUUACUCUUUUACUUACAUGGGAAACUGUUGAAGUGUUGAGAAUGUGUGUCUGAGUUUCAGUGAACUUUUGAUUAAAUGCACAUUCCUUAUGAAUAAAAUAUAACCUGUUCCUUGUUUUUCAGAUAAUUACAAAUAACAAUGAAUUAGCAAUUGCAUUGGAUAUGCAUAACAAUCGAUGCUUAAGCUUGUGCUUUACUGUUGUACAAUAAUACGCUUUUCUUUUUAAAUAAAUUUUUUAAAAUAUUUACUGCUUUUCCACUGCAUUGCAGAUAUACUUCGGUAUGUUGUUGCAAAUAAAGGCGGACAUAGGAGACCUUUAAGGUUCUGUCGAUGGAUAGACAAUAGGAGGUAAUGUGUGUAUUUAGGCGAAAAGUAGACAAUUAAGCGCAUAAGUAGGCAAUUCGGCGGAUAUUUAGGCGAAAAUGCGACGAUUUGGGGGAUAUUUAGGCGAAA